AUAUCGAUCAGUAGUUCAUUCGCACUCACCCAGAUCCGAUUGCUCCAAGUGUAGUGUAAAAUGUUGCUAGUGCUUGCUAUGCUGUUUUGUUUGUUUACAUCAUCCACCGUCAAUAGUGAUCCCACAUUUCAGCAAUAUGCAGAACUUAUGUUCCAAUUCGAUGCAGUUUUUGAAACACUGUGUCUAGCGCAAACGAACGACUCAAGCAAAGCUCGGAAAAUGGUUGAAGCUAAUCAAGCCCUUCAAGUCUGUGUCAAUCUGCAUCACGAUCCGCAAAAUUUCACCAAUGCACUGGAUUCUUUGACUCCUGCAAAUCAUAACGCUUUCAUCAAUUAUAACUGUGACCAAUUUGAGGAAAUCAAAAAAUGCUACCUUCCUUUUACACGCCAGCUGGAAGUAUGCUUUACCGGGCGCGAUGUUUCAAUGAUUAAGACAUUGAUUCUGCUAGAAGAAGAGUUUGCGUUCAUAUGUGAAAAAGAUGGAGCAAAUAUUGUUACCGUGCAACAGUCCAAUUACUCAUACUGUGCUGGAAAUCUGAAAGACCUUCUACAUAAUUGCACCACAUCGGGUUGGGCUGAAUUACGUAGUAAAACUAUCGAAACAAUGACAAAACGCGACUGCAGCGUUUUCCAAAACCUAGCAUCCUGCUUCCAGGAAAACAUUACCAAAUGUGGAGCGCCCCUUUUUGCAAGGCUAUUUGGUAUACGGUAUCACGCAAUCGUAAAACAGACUUCAUGUAGCACAAAAACACUCUCAACAGAUACAUAAUGCAGGCCCCGUCUUGACAAAUUUUACAGCAAGAUAGAAAAAAUGCCUCAAAUAAUUAUUAAACAACAGUAACAUAUUGCUAUCUGCUAUCAUUAAAUGUAAUAAAGUAUUCGGACAUAUCAUUAAGCGAAUUAGCCACAAACAUUGGAGACGACCCAACAAAAACGAAUGAUCUCCUAAAUAAAUUAAAAGGGAUUUAUUCAAUAGAGAUUUACAAUGGGUACCUAUUAUUGCUAGUUUGAGGAUUGUAACAACAAACUGAAUGACAACAGCAUUCCCACAUUUAUUUGUUUGUUUUAGUAGUGGAAAAAUAGAUUUUUUCGAGAAUGGCCGACUGAUGAUUUAAAAGUAAGAAAACGAUGGACGCAAACCUGUGAUUGCAAGAAUGAUUCCUGAUAUGAACGCACGAUUGUUUUUCAAUGCACAUAUGUUUAUCCGAUAAUGUUUAUUAUUUUGAUUCUAAUUCUCU